AUGGACCCGCAAAACAAUGAUCUAAGUCAGUCGUUGACCGGUUCAAUGGGUGGAGGCGCGGAUGACAACGCUUCGCAGACCUCGCAGCGAUCUGGUGCGUCGUUGUUGCAGCGAAUUCAAAUGCAACGCAAUCGCGAAGCGCAGGAACAAUCCUCAAGCAGUUCCAACACAUACAACCUCCAUGCCCGGCCUGCUCAGCAAAUUCAAGUGCCUCAAUACAAUCCGGGACCGAGUCAAGAAAAUUUUGCCGGCGGAGGGCCUGUCUCAGAGCCUGGCAACAAUCUCUUUUCGUCGGCGUGGAACAACAUAAGUACCAGCGUAGAAUCUGGCAUGGCCUCGCUUCAGCAAGAGCGUACUGGCGGAAUGGAAGCGAGUGAUGCUUUGUUGGCGCCUUCCUCGCAAAACGAACAUGGCGACGAAGAAUACAGCAUGUCGAAAUAUUUUUUGACCUUUGUCCGGGAUGUCAACGGCCUGUUUUAUUCCUUGCCUAUGUGGGCCAGAGUCGUGGUUGUGAUCAUGCUCCUUUACGUGGCCGUCAAGCUGCUGUAG